UUUCUCGUUACUUGAGGUGACGAUAGGUGAUUGACACGGUGUGGGCUUCAUUAGAUUUUUUAUUUAUAAACUCGUCACCGUGAGGUGUUUGUCCAGUAAUCUCACUCAUUGUCUCAUCUUCUCGCGUCCUGAGUCGCACGUAUCUUGCAGAUUAUCAUAAUGUCGUCCCGUAAGACCGCCGGCCGCCGUGGCACGAACAAGAAGCGCGCCCAGCGCGCCACAUCCAAUGUCUUCGCCAUGUUCGACCAGGCGCAGAUCGCAGAGUUCAAGGAGGCGUUCAACAUGAUCGACCAGAACCGAGACGGAUUCGUUGAUAAGGAUGAUCUGCAUGACAUGCUCGCUUCUCUUGGUAAGAACCCAACGGAAGACUACUUGGAGGGCAUGAUGAAUGAGGCCCCGGGGCCCAUUAACUUCACCAUGUUCCUGACACUGUUUGGUGAACGUCUGCAGGGCACGGACCCUGAGGAUGUCAUUAAGAAUGCUUUUGGCUGCUUCGACGAGGAGAACAACGGCGUCAUAAACGAGGAGCGUCUGCGCGAGCUCCUGACCACGAUGGGAGACCGUUUCACCGACGACGAUGUCGACGAGAUGCUGCGCGAGGCGCCCAUCCGGGACGGGCUCUUCGACUAUGUCGAGUUCACGCGUAUCCUCAAGCAUGGCGCUAAGGAUAAGGACGAGCAGUAAGGGAGACGACGGCGGUUUUAUAAAGCUGAGAGGUACUUUUUUACAAGUGUUAUAUCUGUGCCCUGUUUAAAAAUAGCUUGUAACUUGUAAUACAAGAGUAAGUCCGUUUUUGACAGCUUUUGUUAGAAAGGGAUUUCCACUUGUAUUACAAGUUACAAGCUUUUGAUAAACAGGGCAGUGGUUCUAACUAUAAAAGUCCCGUUUCCAUGCUAAAUUGUUGCAAUGUUUAAGCAUUUUACGUCAAAAAUGUGACAGUUACGUAGGAACUGGCGCCCUCAAUAAUUUUCUACAAUUUCUUGUAGGAGUAAUAUACGUGUAACCCGUUUAAAGUAAUUAUAAUCUCCUAAGGCUCAAGGUCCUGCCUAUAGCACUUAUUCAGUUCGAUGAAAUCUAAAUCAUAUUCAAUUGUAACAGAGUCGGAUUUGUUUUGUUUCGUUCAAUAUUCAAACAAAACCAAAAUCCAACUCUAUUCCCUACACUAAGGGUUCUAAUUUCAGUGGCAAAUCUGUAUUUUUUAUUUGUAUGGCUGGGCCUUAGAAGGAUGUUUUAUUAUCUGGUUUAGAUUAGUGCUAAAAUGACCAAGGAACCUUGGCACUUGCAGAAGGAAAAACAAUACCGACAAUUUUUAUCUUCUUUGAGGGCAUUACAAAAAGCACUUUCUUUGACCAAGAUUUAAUACUUGUAAAAUAAUUACUUUUAGUUUUAUAAAGUAUGGCUAAGGUUGGAUUUACAAGUAAUACAGUUUAAAUGAAAUAUAAGUCAAUAACAGUGUCUAAGGAUAACUUUGACUAUACAAUAACCGUGGGUCUAUAUGACACUGCUGCUGAUACUUUGCAGCCUAUUUAUUAUACCCAUCUUUAAGUAUGAUGUUGAUGCCUAAAAGUCCUAAAACUGUACAAUAAAUAAGUUACCGCAAAUAACGAAGACAAUAUUUUUUUCUCUUGAAGAAACGUUUAUUUUUGUCAGUAACUGUUUCCAUCGUAUUCUGUCUCAGAAGUAAUGAUUUCUGCACGAUUACUCGCGUAAAGUAUUUACGUAUAAUAAUUCUGGCUCAGUUUUCAUUAUAUAAUUAGAAGGAGAGUGUUAUAGGUGUGAAGUUAGGCACGUGUGGAAAACUCACGUAAAAACGUUUGUAACUCAUGGUACCAAUUGAAAUUUUUAGUUCUUUACGUGACCGGUAGAGGCACUGUACAAUUACUCCAUACAUUUUCCUUAACUAUCACACUAUCGACUGUCAUUCACGGAACUCAUGGUAGAGCUGCUGUUGACAUCUAAAUUGUUUUAAUUGACAUGAUAAUCUCUGCUGCUAAAAGAUAUAGUAUUGUCAUCAACGUAAUAAAGUGCGUUAAUAAGCUUCAACGACAUAUUUCAGUCAUUGCCUGUAAUAGCAUUUUGGCACGAAGUGAAUUUAGCUUACGAUAUUUUUAAACGCGGUUAAAUUUACUUGUAAAUCCAAUCUUUAUACCUAACGAGUAUAUUUUUUAGAUUUUUAUAUAUUGCCAAACUAAUAAUUGUUAUAAGACAAGUAACCGUUUUAGAUUGUAAGUUUUAAGUUGAUGUUUAUAUGGAUUAUAAAAUCUCUAAAGGUACUGCGGUGCUAAGGUAUAGUACUUAUGAUAUUCAUUGCAUUUUAUAUGUUAUGCAUUUGUCUGAAAUUAUAAUUCCGUUUUUGGACCACUAAUAUAAGUUUUGGCCGGAUUUAUAUAAUUUCCAAUUUUAUGAUUUUAGAGUAGUUUAAACACGGCUUCUGUAGAAUGUGAUUAGAUCGAAAUAUUAAAUCAUUCCUAGAAUUAAAAUUGGUUGGAAAAUGAAGUAUAUUUUAAGUUAAGACGACUUAUGUUUUAAAUUAUGAAUUAUUUCCCGAGAAUAUAGCGUUAAUCUAACAAGCGUGUAUCUAGUUUAUCAUAUUAUGUAAUCAUGUAUGUAUUUAUUUGAUCUUAAACAUAAUAAAUACUCUCUU